ACUCUGGCUCCAAUUAAUGACGUCAAAAUCGCAAAAUGGCGGCGCCCGACGCCGGAUGUUAUUUUCGGUUUCACUUUUGCCCAACGGAAGGAAGAAGAAGAGGAAGAAGAAGAGGAAUAGACGCGACGUCGACACAUCACGACCAAGCGCCAUCUAGCUGUUGACUUCGCGCUUGUCGGAAACAUCGAUUUUAUUUUAAUGUGAAAAAUAAAAAAAAAUAAAAAGCGGACCGGAAGUCGCGACUGGCGGUGAAAAUCAAUCACAGCCGCGAUGAUGGCGGCGGGACGCGGGGACUUCUUCCGGAGUUUGCGGACGGGUCUGGAGCGGCGGCCCGCUCAGCCGGCUCCGUGUCGACGACCGGCGGCUCGUGGCAGAGGAAGCCCCGGUCCGGACGAGAGGCCGGCGGGCGGCAGAGGGAGGCGGAGACCGCCCACGUCAGAGGCGAGUCUCACCUGCGGGAGCCGCGACCCCAGCUGCCUCGAAGCAAGACGAGAGUGUCACUCAGUCAAACCUCCACCCAAGGAAAACUUUGUGGAAAGGCUCCCGCCGGAGAUCCUGAUCAAGAUUCUGUCGCACCUGGACGCCUCCUCGCUGUUCUCCAUCGGCCACGUCAGCAAACUCUUCCACCGGCUCGCCAGCGAUGACGCCAUGUGGCGUAGGAUUUUCAUGUCGGAGUUCGGGAGGCACAUGUGGAGGCCGAAGUCUGCGGCCGGUGCGGCGGCGGAGGCGGGCGACCUGUCGCCGGGCCACUGGAAGAUGAUCUACCUCAGGACCGUGACUGGACACGACGUGAACAUGUGGAGGAGGGAGCUGAGAGACAUCAGCCCGUACACGGGGCUGCCCAGCCAGACGGAGUGGGUCCUCAGGAACCUGAACGUGAGCUGGGAGCUGACGCUGCGCGACAGCUGGGGCCAGGAGAGCCGGUUGCAGCACAGCCGAGCGUUCUUCUUCGAGUCGUCCGUGAUCAUCAGCUGGAGCAGAGGCAGCUUCGCCAGCUGCCACCACAUCAGCAGCAUCCAGCUGCACGGCGUCCGGAGGGAGGCGCCGAGGAGCCCCAGAGUCAGGCCCGACUGGCGAUCGCUGAUCUUAAAGGUGGACAUGAAGACUCGGCCCUGGCACUUCCUGGGCAGAGACAGACUGAUCAAGCUGUUGCAUCCGUCGCCCGGCGUCAUCAUCGGCGUCUGGAGGGGUCAGAGCAUUGUUGCCUUCAUCAUGGUUUGCCUGCACCUCCACAAGCUGGUGGAGAAAAGUCUUCUGGGAUCUCCAGCCUGCCCGUACUACGAGCCCGAGGACCGACCGCCCCCCUCGUGUGAUUCCGACCCGGCGUUCGGCCUUCACGGAUUCACCCUGCACUUCGUCCUGCACAACACCGGCACCGAGAUCAUGUCGGGACACUUCCGCCAGCUCUCCUGUGGCACAGUUCAGAGCCAGCGUGAACUGGUGGAGGUGAAGGUGAUCAACAAGGACAACUUGUCCCAGCACAGAUCGCUGUCUGGGAACGUCAAGCUGCCCUGGAAGAGCGAGGCGCUGGAGGGCGCAGUGGAGAACUGCUGCGUCAUGACGCUCACUCUGCUGGACGAGCUCCUCAAACCCUUCUGGUGCGUCAGCUCGCCCGUCUGCGUCAAGAUGGCGAAGCGGCCGCUGGACCUGGACUACGGCGGCGAGCACUUUCUGAUGGAGCACCGCGAGCCCGGCGGUAAGGUGCGGAUGACGCUGGUGUGGCUGAAGGAGCAGAAGCAGUUCUUCCUCGUCAGCCUCACCGUCUACAUUUCAGUCUCCAGAGUCAACAGGCACCUGCGGAGAGGCGACGGCUGCACGAUGAGACUGUGAGUUUUUCCAGUUUUUCUGUCGACGCGUUCGUUAGACAGAGGAAAGUCUCAUUCUGUAACAAUGUUGAAGAUGUUAUCAGCACGUGCUGCGUAAGCUUUGUUUGCUAGAGAGUCCAAAGAGUUUGGACUGUUGUGAGUAGGAAAAGAAAAAACCUUUUCAUUGUAUAAGUUUCUGAAAUUCCUUAUCUGCAUUUUGUUUAUAGUUCAGUGUCACUUGAAUGCGCUCUCGUCAGAUGUGUCAGUGAAAAUAUCCUGACAGAGCGCAACAGGACAAAUUAAUGUGAAUAUUACAUUUUUAUAUUUCAUCUACCAUUCUGAUAUAUACAAUAAAAUGUUUUUCAACAUUCA